UUUUAUCCAAUUUGUAAACACGUGAAAUUUCCAGUAAAAAUAGAAAUGGCAUCAGAACAACCACCAGAAAAAGAAAAAGUCAUCAAGAGUGUUCUUAAAACAUCAAGCGAGAAGCGCCUCAUCGUCAUCCUAGAGCAUGCUUCACUUGAAUCAGUAAAAAAUGGGAAGACAUUUGAGUUGCUGAAUUGUGACAAACACAAACACAUUGCGAAAAAGUUCAAGAAGGACAUAGCUUCAUGUCGACCAGACAUUACACAUCAGUGCCUGUUGAUGCUGAUGGACAGCCCCUUGAACCGUGCCGGUCUGCUCCAGGUAUACAUUCACACAGAGAAGAAUGUGCUUAUUGAGGUCAACCCCCAGACACGCAUUCCCAGAACAUUUGACAGGUUCUGUGGUCUCAUGGUCCAGCUUCUUCAUAAGCUCAGCAUUCACGCAGCAGAUGGCCCACAGAAGUUACUGAAAGUAGUGAAAAACCCAGUUACAGACCACCUGCCUAUUGGCUGUAAGAAGAUCGCAAUGUCUUUCCAGGCAGAAUCAUGUGUGGAUCCCCGCACUCUUGUGCCAGAGAAGGAACCAAUCGUGAUCGUCAUUGGGGCUAUGGCCCAUGGCAGUGUAAAGGUUGACUACACAGAAGACCAAUACUCCAUCAGCAACUACCCUCUGUCAGGCGCUCUCACCUGUGCCAAGUUGUGUACAGCAUUUGAAGAAAAGUGGGGAGUUUUAUGAUGAAGCAUUUUGUAUACAGUCAUUGUCCAAGCAGAAACUUACAUGUACAUCAAUAUGCUGAUGUUGUUGUCAUUGGAGGGAAUUUUUGUAACUUGUGUAGAGCAGGUGUGAAGCACAGUGUAAUUGCAGUUCAAGCAUAAAAAGAUACUUUUCGGCACAUGAAACAGACAAAGAUUAACAAACAUAGUUUGGUCAAAGGGAACAAUGUUUCUUUGAUAAACCUUUACCAUGCAAGGAAAAAUAUGUAUGGAUUAAUGCAAUAGAUAUUCUUUAGAUAUACAGUGUACAUAUAGAGGUCAAAGCAGGGGCUUGAACCUACAUGUUUAACACACCUGUAUGCAUUAUGUACAUUUAUUUUGCUUUCAAAUAAGAGUACAUUGCAAAUUGAGUAAAAUUUAAUAUAACUGCAUAUUUAAUUGAUUAUAUGAAGAAACAACACGUGUUUGCAAAAUGCCCCAUACUAAAACAGAAAAGGCCAAGGUAUCCAUAAAUAUACAAAGCAGAUAUUUAUUGGUCAUUAUUAAAUGUGUGAAUUUCGGCAGAAAAAUAAUGAUGUUCAUUUUUAAUUGUUGUUGAUUUUAGAUUGUUCAUAUUUGUUAUUGAAUGAUGAUUUAAUGCGUUGAUGAGUAAAAUGAAAACAUUUCUUAGAUCA